AUGAAUCAACCAGUGAAGGAUCCUCCAUCAUCCAGAUUUACAUGGAGAAUCGAGAAUUUUUCUAGGUUGAAUACAGAGAAGCACUACUCGGAGAUUUUCAUUGUCGGCGGUUAUAAAUGGCGUGUGCUUAUUUUUCCAAAGGGGAACAAUGUGGAUCACUUGUCUAUGUAUCUAGAUGUUGCUGAUUCAGGAAGUUUGCCAAAUGGGUGGAGUAGAUAUGCGCAGUUUAGCUUGGCGGUGAUUAAUCAAAUUCGUACCCAGUCCUCAGUGAGAAAAGAUUUAGGAAUGUAUAUUGUUGAUGGAAAUUGUUUUUCAUCCCUCCCUCUUCCUAAUUCCCUGACCCUUUGUGUCACUAUAUUCUCUCUGCCUUUAAUUGGACAUGAUACUCAACACCAGUUUGAUGCACUAGAAAGUGAAUGGGGUUUCACAUCCUUUAUGCCCCUUGGUGAACUCUAUGAUCCUAACAGAGGGUAUCUUGUGAAUGAUACUCUGAUAGUUGAAGCUAAGUUUAUUUUUCAUAGGGCUGUAGAUAACUCUGAAACUGCUAAUUCUGCGGAGAAUCAACAAGUGGAGGAUUCUGAAACUGCUAAGGCUGCGGAGGCCACCAAGUCCCGCAUUGAGGUCAUUAUGUCCAAUCUGAGCGCUGAGGUUGCCUUAUUUUCUAGUAAGUUAGCAGAAGCAGAGGCAAAGCUGAAGAGUUAUGAAUCAUCUGAGGUGGAUCAUAACUCCAGAGUUGAAUCCCUGGAGGCUGAACUGAUCAAGAACCAAGCAGAGAAUGAGGCUUUGAAGAACCAAGCUAUUGCUUCAGAGCAAAAAGCUUCCAGCUCCGAACAGAAGGCUCUAUUCCUGGAGGCUGAACUGAUCCGUAAUGAAGCAGAGAAUGAGGUUUUGAAGAACCAAGCUAUUGCUUCAGAGCAAAAAGCUUCUAGCUCUGAACAAAAGGCUCUACUCCUGGCGCGGAAGAUUCUGAAGCGGGAUAAGUACUCAAAGGAUUUGUCUGAUGCUGCUUCCAAGCUCAUUGAAGAUUCCAGUGGCUCUGGGGAGUCUAAGGAUCAGGGUGCUGAUCCACUUCCGUUCCCUUCUUCAAGCUAG